GAGGUGGACGAGAACGGCGAGGAGAUCAUGGAGGGGGCUCUGAUAGCCCGGGACAAGGUCGGGGUGCAGGAUUUUGUCCUUCUGGAUUCCCACACCAGCGAGGCUGCUUUCCUCAACAACCUUCGCAAGCGCUACCAGGAGAACCUCAUCUAUACCUACAUUGGCUCUCUGCUCGUGUCUGUGAACCCCUACCAGGAGCUGGACCUUUACACAGUGUCUCAGAUGCAGCUUUAUCGGGGCGUGAACUUCUUUGAGCUGCCCCCACACCUCUAUGCCAUAGCUGACAACGCCUACAGGGUGAUGUGCAAUGAGUUCAACAACCACUUCAUCCUCAUCUCUGGGGAGAGUGGGGCUGGCAAGACAGAGGCAUCCAAGAAGAUCCUGCAGUACUAUGCAGUCACCUGUCCCACCACGGAGCAGCUCCAGACUGUUCGGGACCGGCUCCUGCUCUCCAACCCCGUCCUCGAGGCUUUUGGGAAUGCAAAAACCCUGCGCAACGACAACUCCAGCAGGUUUGGGAAGUACAUGGACAUCCAGUUUGAUUUUAAGGGAGCUCCUGUGGGAGGGCACAUCCUCAGCUACCUGAUUGAGAAAUCCAGAGUUGUCCACCAAAACCACGGAGAGAGGAAUUUCCAUAUUUUCUACCAGCUGCUGGAAGGGGGAGACAAGGAACUGCUCGGCUGGCUGGGGCUGGAGCGUAACCCCCAGAAAUACGCGUACCUUAUCCAGGGUCGAUGUGCCAAAGUGUUUUCUAUCAAUGACAAGAAUGACUGGAAAAUAGUCCGGAAAGCUUUUUCCAUCAUUGACUUCACUGAAAAAGAUAUGGAGCAUCUCUUUGGAAUCGUUGCCAGUGUCCUGCACCUUGGGAACAUCCAGUUUGAGGAGGACAGCAAUGGCCACGCCAUCAUCCGCGACGGCUCCCAGAUCAAGUGGAUUUCCAAGCUGCUGGGUGCUCACCUGUCCAUCCUGCAGGAAGCUCUCACAAACAGGAAGAUCGAAGCCAGAUCUGAGGAGGUGCUCAGCCCACUGAAUGUCGACCUGGCAUUCUAUGCCCGGGACGCCGUAGCAAAAGCAAUUUAUGGAAGAACUUUCACAUGGCUGGUCAACAAAAUCAAUGGCUCUCUUGCCAACAAGGACUCCACUCAGAAAACAGUUAUUGGCCUGCUGGAUAUUUAUGGCUUUGAAGUGCUGGACACAAACAGUUUUGAGCAGUUCUGCAUUAAUUACUGCAAUGAGAAGCUGCAGCAGCUGCUGAUUGAGAUGACCCUGAAGGCAGAGCAGGAGGAAUAUGAACUGGAAGGCAUUGAGUGGGAACCAAUCCCAUAUUUUAACAACAAAAUCAUCUGUGACUUGGUUGAGCAGAAGCACAAAGGAAUAAUCUCCAUCCUGGAUGAGGAGUGCUUACGGCCUGGGGAAGCGACUGAUUUGAGCUUCUUGGAAAAGCUGGAAGAGAAAGUAGGAGACCAUGCCCACUUCGUGACGCGCAAGCUGGCGGAUCAGAAGACGCGGAAAUCGAUCGACUGGGUGGAUUUCCGCCUCCUCCACUACGCUGGAGAGGUCACCUACUGUGCUGUGGGAUUUCUGGAGAAGAAUAAUGAUCUGCUGUACAGAAACCUGAAGGAGGUGCUGUGCAACUCCAAGAACAGCAUCAUCAGGGAGUGUUUCCUCCUGUCAGAGCUGGACAACAGGAGGAGGCCAGAGACUGUUGCAACCCAGUUCAAGAACAGCCUGACGAGUCUGAUUGAGAUCCUGAUGUCCAAGGAGCCCUCGUACAUCCGCUGCAUCAAACCCAAUGAGAACAAGGAGCCUGGGAAGUUUGAUGAUUUCCUGAUCCGACACCAGGUGAAGUACCUGGGGCUGAUGGAGCACCUGCGGGUGAGGCGCGCCGGCUUCGCCUACCGCCGCAAGUACGAGCUCUUCCUGCAAAGGUACAAAAGUCUCUGCCCAGCUACCUGGCCACACUGGCAUGGGCCAGCAGCAGAGGGUGUGGAGAGACUCAUCAAGCACAUUGGUUACAAGCCUGAGGAGUACAAAUUAGGAAGAACCAAAAUAUUCAUCCGUUUCCCAAAGACCCUGUUUGCCACAGAAGAUGCCUUUGAGUACAGAAAGCACCUGCUGAUUUCAAGGCUCCAGGCCAAAUACAAAGGAUUCCUUGGGAAAAGAGCCUACCAGAAGAAGAGGAAAGCAGCAAUCAAGCUGGAGGCCUGCUGGAGAGGAGCCCUGGCACGGAGGGCAGCCAAGAAGAGGACGUGGGCAGUGCAGACCAUCAGGAAGUUCAUAAACGGCUUCAUCAAUCGGAAGAAGCCCCUCUGUGAAGAGAACAGGGACUUUGUGAGGCUUUCACAGUACUACUACCUGAUGAAGCUCCGAGACCACCUCCCAAAAAAUGUCUUGGACAAGAGCUGGCUCCGGCCUCCCUCCAUCCUGGAAGAGACAUCUGAGAUGCUCCAGAAACUCUGCGUGAGGAACCUGGUGAGGAAAUACUGCCGAGGGCUCACUGCUGAGAGGAAAGUGCAGCUGCAGCAGAAGGUGGUGACCAGCGCUGUUUUCAGUGGGAAGAAGGAGGGGUACCUGGAGAGCCUCAGCCAGCCCUUCCUGGAGACCCGCCUGAGAGAGAAUGACCUAAACCCCAAAGUGCUGCAGCUCAUCCGUGGGGAGAACAUCAAGUACGUGACGCCCGUGGUGAAAUACGACAGGAACGGGUUCAAGGCGCGCGAGCGGCUCCUGGUGCUCACCCAGAGCUCGGCCUACGUGGUGGAGAUGGCCAAGAUCAAACAGAAAAUCGAGUAUUCCACCCUGAAAGGGAUCUCCACCAGUAACCUGAGUGAUGGGAUCGUGGUCAUUCACGUUCCUGAGGACAAGAAGGGAGAUGUGAUCCUGCAGUGUGAGCACGUCUUUGAGACAGUGACCAAGCUCUGCAUAUUGGCCAACAAGCAAAGCGUGGUUAAAGUGGUGAAGGGGAGCCUCCGGUUCCGCGUGGGCUCUGGCAAGGAGGGGACCAUGGUGUUCACCGUGGGGCCAGAGCCUCAGGUCUUCAAGGACAAAACUGGACAGCUGACAGUGGUGUCAACCCCAAAAAGGUCUUGAUGAGAACCAGUUCCUGUUCCCUUGGCUGGGGACAGAAAGGAGCCUGCAGGAUGAGACCAGCCCUCACAUCUCCCCUGGAAUCUCUGAUGCCACAGGGCUGCUGUGAUUUGAGAGUUUGUUUGCAUCUUUUAGGCUCUUUUUUUUAUAGCUUAAAACUAUUCAAGUAUAGAUAAAUAAAAUCCCUGACGUUGCUGUAACGUUCCCAGCAGGAGACGCUCGUUACAUGGUCACAGGGACAUUCAUCCCCAAAGUUCCAAGGCAAAAUCUCCAUCUCUGAGAGGUCAGGAAGGAUUAGGACAGAAGCCAAAAGGCUUUUCUAGCUGUGCUUUGACUCACUACUCAGGAGCACUGCAGGAAAUGCAGAGCAGUAUUAACCCAGGUCUAAAACCAACUUUUCUCAAGGCAGAGAGAAUCCCAACAGCUGGGCCUCUCCCACAAGGAGGGCUGGGAGGUCAAACUGACAUUAAUUAGGAUGGAGAUCUGGUAUUUCAUCCCAAAAAUUCCUCUAGCCACACAGCCCAUGAGGAUA